AUGAAGCGCAUGAAGCUGAUCCUGCAGAAGGCUCUGGACGUGUCGGUGCACGCCGCGUCGCUCGUGGACCUGCGCGCGUGUCUGGAGAGCGAGUGUCGCGGGGACGAGGAGCUGCUGGCCGCCUUCUUCCCGCCGCCGACGCCUGAGGGACCUGACCACGAUACCACGGAGGAGGUGGCGGCUCAGGCGGUGCUCAGUCUCCGACAGAAGGUGGAGGAGAUCUUUGCGUGGCUCUGUGAGCAGCACGACGUGGACGUGGAGCUGCUGGAGCUGGAGGACGUGAUCCAGCAGGCGGAGGAGCGGCGACUGCGGCAGGUGACGGCGGCGGAGGAAGAGAAGAAGAAGAAAGAAGAGAAGGAGCAGGAGGAGAACAAGGAGGAAGGUGGAGAAGAUGACGAGCAGCAAGAGCAGGAGAAGACGACGCCUGAAGCGAGAAUUCGUGCAGAGAGACUGCGGGCCAAGCAGGAGGAGCAGAAGGAGCUGGAGGCGCUGGUGGAAGCUUUGGAGACCAAGAACAAGGAGCUGCAGCGAUCUGUGGAGGAGAAGCGACGGUUGGCUACUGCAGACGUACAGCGGAUGCAACGCGCCGCUGCUCAACUGGACCAGGUGAGCCACCUCGCUAAGGACUACGCCACGGCUCCGUAG